AUGUAUAACAACCAAAAGAGUCUGAAUCUGAUGGCAGCUCUGUCUGAGAACCUGCUGACAGUCAACAUGUUACUGAGUGUCUUCUUUCUUCCAGGUACUUUGGCUGAUUGUACAAAAUCAGGCAUCAGAAUCACUACACCGAAAAAGAUCAAAGCUCUGAGUGGAUCUUGUUUGGAAAUCCCAUGCAGCUUUGAUACAGAAAAUAAAUUAUUUGACAGCAGCAAAACUAUCCAUGGAGUUUGGAUGAAGCAAAAAAUUAAUGGCAAUCCAAGUCCUGUUAUUUUCCACAGCAGUGGGUCAGUUAACACCUAUCCACUGACGAUUACUGGAAACCUGAGAGAGAAAAACUGCACCACUCUGUUUCCUGAUGUAAAGACCAGUUAUACAGACAGAUACUUCUUCAGGGUUGAGAACGAGAAGUUUAAAGCAACAGCCUGUGAAGAUCCUCUUAAUAUAACAGUUAAAGAUUCUCCCUGGAGUCCCAGCAUUAAUAUCCCUGUUGGUGAUCUGAAGGAGCAUGAGUCUGUCACUGUAAGCUGCUCAGCUGUGACUCCCUGUCCACACUCACCUCCUGAACUCACCUGGAAUCUCCAACAAGACUCUGAGAGACAAACAGAGAAAAACACAGAUGGAACCUUUACAACUAAAAUCCAGGAGACCAUCACUCUGUCAGACACACAUGAUGGAUACAACAUCAGAUGUUCUGCCAGAUAUCCUGUGAAUGUAGGAAGCAAGACAGCACAGAUAGAAGUGACUCUUAGUGUUUCAUAUGCUCCUAAAGACACCUCAGCAUCCAUCAGUCCAUCAGGUUUGGUGUCAGCAGGUAGCUGGGUGGAGCUGAGCUGCUCCAGCAGAGCCAAGCCUCCUGCCAGCUUCACCUGGUUCUGGAACAGCACAGAUGGAGCCAUUAUUGUAUCUGUGGGGCAGGUUUACAGCUUCUCUGUUACUGAGGGAGGAGAGUAUUACUGUGAGGCUACAAAUGAUCUGGGGAAUCAGAGAUCAGCAGUGAUUCAUCUUGGCAAUAAAGGUUUGCCAACUGGAUUUAUUUUCUGGGUGACCACUCUAGUUGGAGGAACUGUGAUCCUCUGCCUGUUAGCUUUACUUUGGUUCAUUAAGAUCAAACAGAAAGUUUCUCGGCGGAUGCACCUGUACGAGGUGUCAACAACUAUCAGUAAUGCAGGGAGUUCUCAUAUGUUGGUUUGUAAGAAUCAACCGGGUGCGGACGUUGAUCUUCACGUGAUAGCCAACAAAUCAAAUGAAAAACUCCAUGAUGGAAAUAUGAAUUUCACUCAGAGCAGGCCUGAAGUUUCCUCCUUCUCGGUCCAGGACCAGGAACAUCCGGAGACCAAGUGUGAACAGCUCACAGUGCUAACUAACAGUCCAGAGGAUCUCCGCGCUGAAGAGGAAAUUGCUGUGUUGUGAAUAAUCUUAUCUCUGGAGACAGUGGUCUCU